AAGCCCAGAGAACAGUUUCAGUUUUGACAAUAGUCACCAGUGCCUUCCUGGAAGCUUCUAGAAGGGUACACACUGGCUUGCAGGCUGUGCCCGAAACUGGAUCACCUGGAGAGAAGGAAGUAGCUAAAACAUCUCAUACAAGAAGCCAACUGGAAUGGCCCAGCCCCCUUGGAAGCCACAAGCAAUGAGGCUGUCCUUGUUCACGCUCUUGGUAACUGUCUUCUCAGGGGUCUCCACAAAAAGCCCCAUAUUUGGUCCCCAAGAUGUGAGUCGUAUAGAAGGCGAAUCGGUUUCCAUCACGUGCUACUACCCAGACUCCUCUGUCAACCGGCACACCCGGAAAUACUGGUGCCGACAAGGAGCCAGAGGCAUGUGCACAACGCUCAUCUCUUCAAAUGGCUACCUCUCCGGGGAGUAUUCAGGCAGAGCCAACCUCAUCAACUUCCCAGAGAACAGCACAUUUGUGAUUACUAUUGAGCAGCUCACCCAGAAUGACACUGGGAGCUACAAGUGUGGUCUGGGUAUCAGUAACCGAGGCCUGUCCUUCGAUGUCAGCCUGGAGGUCAGCCAGGUUCCUGAGUUCCCAAGUGACACCCACGUCUACACAAAGGACAUAGGCAGAAAUGUGACCAUCGAAUGCCCUUUCAAAAGGGAGAACGCUCCCAGCAAGAAAUCUCUGUGUAAGAAGACAAACGAGACCUGUGAACUUGUCAUUGACUCUACUGAGAAAGUGAACCCCAGCUAUAAGGACAGAGCAGAACUUUUUAUGAAAGGGACCAACCCAAAUGUAUUCUAUGUUAACAUCCGUCACCUAAUGCACAGUGACGGCGGGCUGUACGUCUGCCAAGCUGGAGAAGGCUCUAGUGCUGAUAAGAAGAAUAUUGACCUCCAGGUGCUAAAGCCUGAGCCAGAGCUGCUUUAUAAAGACCUGAGGUCCUCAGUGACUUUUGAAUGUGACCUGGGCCGUGAGGUGGCAAACGAGGCCAAAUAUCUGUGCCGGAUGAAUAAGGAAAGCUGUGAAGUGAUCAUUAACACCCUGGGGACGAGGGAUCCAGCCUUUGAGGGCAGGAUCCUGAUAACCCCCAAGGAUGACAAUGGCCGCUUCAGUGUGUUGAUCACAGGCCUGAGGAAGGAGGAUGCAGGGAACUACCAGUGUGGAGCCCACAGUUCUGGUUUGCCUCAAGAAGGCUGGCCCAUCCAGACUUGGCAACUCUUUGUCAAUGAAGAGUCCUCCAUUCCCAAUAGUCGCUCUGUGGUGAGGGGAGUCACAGGAGGCUCUGUGGCCAUCGUCUGUCCCUAUAAUCCCAAGGAAAGCAGCAGCCUCAAGUACUGGUGUCACUGGGAAGGGGACGGAAACGGACACUGCCCAGUGCUUGUGGGGACCCAGGCCCUGGUGCAAGAAGAGUAUGAAGGCCGACUGGCACUAUUUGAUCAGCCAGGCAAUGGUACUUACACUGUCAUCCUCAACCAGCUCACCACCGAGGAUGCUGGCUUCUAUUGGUGUCUUACCAAUGGUGACUCUCGCUGGAGAACCACAAUAGAACUCCAGGUUGCUGAAGCUUCAAGGGAGCCAAACCUUGAGGUGACGCCGCAGAACGCGACCGCGGUGCUAGGAGAGACCUUCACAAUCUCCUGCCACUAUCCGUGCAAAUUCUACUCCCAGGAGAAAUACUGGUGCAAGUGGAGCAACACGGGCUGCCACAUUCUUCCAAGCCAUGACAAAGGUGCCCGCCAGUCUUCUGUGAGCUGUGACAAGAGCAGCCAGCUUGUCUCCAUGACCCUGAACCCAGUCAGUAAGGAAGAUGAAGGCUGGUACUGGUGUGGGGUAAAGCAAGGCCAGACCUAUGGAGAAACUACCGCCAUCUAUGUAGCAGUUGAAGAGAGGACCAGAGGGUCACCCCACGUCAACCCAACAGAUGCCAAUGCACGUGCCAAAGUCGCUCCGGAAGAAGAGGUAGUGGACUCCUCCAUCAGUGAGAAGGAGAACAAAGUCAUUCCGAACCCCAGGCUUUUUGCCGACGAGAAAGAGAUACAGAAUGUGGGAGACCAAGCUCAGGAGAACAGAGCAUCUGGGGAUGCUGGCAGUGCUGAUGGACAAAGCAGGAGCUCCAGCUCCAAAGUGCUGUUCUCCACCCUGGUGCCCCUGGGUCUGGUGCUGACAGUGGGUGCUAUAGCUGUGUGGGUGGCCAGAGUCCGACAUCGGAAGAAUGUAGACCGAAUGUCAAUCAGCAGCUACAGGACAGAUAUUAGCAUGGCAGACUUUAAGAACUCCCGGGAUUUGGAAGGCAAUGACAACAUGGGGGCCUCUCCAGACACACAGCAAACAGUCAUCGAAGGAAAAGAUGAAACCGUGACUUCCACAGAGUGCCCCGCUGAGCCAGAAGAAUCCAAGAAAGCAAAAAGGUCAUCCAAGGAGGAAGCUGACAUGGCCUACUCGGCAUUCCUGCUUCAGUCCAGCACCAUUGCCGCGCAGGUCCACGAUGGUCCCCAGGAGGCCUAGGCAGUGCUGACCACCCACCCCUGCCUGUGACAAUCAACUUGAGAAAUCACACUGAUCCACUCGCAGCCCACACUCACCCAUCACCUUGGCUCUUCCCUCCUGUCCUCAGAGGUGUGCUGGUUCCUUCCUCGGCCAUGGAAGCCUGGCCUAGUUACACCUGUUUAGGAGAGAGUGUGAGGCGUUCUUUUCUCUAUGAAGAGAGUGAGGUGGAAAUGAGGAGAUGAACCUGAGAGACAUCUCUGAGGGAAGAGGGUUCAGAAUAGGGGCUUGUUUCAGGAGAAAAAGCCAUUUGAAUCCUCUUUAUGCCCAUAUGAUAGGAUGUCAGCGUCCCUCUCCUCUCCUCCAUCUCUCCUUUCCUAUCCUCUUAAUUCAAACAACACAUCUGAGAACUCACUAGGCUUCAGUGACUACUAAAUGCUGAGAGCCAGGCCACAGCCUUUCUAUAAAUAUUACUGGAAGAGACGCCAUCUCCUCCCAGAUUGUGUCUUUUCACUAAGAUAAGACAUCAUUACCAGGCAUACCUCCUGCCUCUGUGCCUCAUAGGCAUACACAAGCCAUAGGGCAUCAUGAUUCUCAGAUGAGAAGAGAUUUUUCUCAAGAGUACCCAGUGAGAUAGACUAACAUCAAACCAGAUGUGGCAACUCCUGGCUCUUGGCCUAGGAUCUGACUUCAAGACCUCUGCUUUUAUUAGAGGUAGAACUUUAGCAUGGGGGAAAUUAAGAGAAAAUGAGUUAAAGGGGCAUGGUGGUGUGCUUCUGCAAUGCCAAUAUUAAGAGGUAAAAAUAGGAUCAGAAGUUCAAGGUAAUCCUUGGCCACCUAGGGAGUUUAAAGCCAGCCUGGGAUACAUUGAGACUUGGAUUCAAAGAAGUAAGAGGAGGGAGCAGGAAGAAGAAGAAGAAGAAGAAGAAGAAGAAGAAGAAGAAGAAGAAGAAGAAGAAGAAGAAGAAGAAGAAGAAGAAGAAGAAGGACAAAAGACAAAUGGAUCUUUCCUGGUCUCACCUUUCCCCUUCCUGUCACUCAUGUGGACCUCAGAUAAGGGAACAGAUACUCUCAACCUCUUAUAUUUGGAGAGUUUUGAGCAGACAGGAAGAAGAUGGAGCCUGGGAGCAGCUGUUCUUCCGAUAGUCAGAUUAAGACUGUACUUCUCUGAGCUCUGUACUUCAACCAGCACCUAGAGGCUGAAACCAACAAAUCAGAAAUGUCCAUUAAUAAUUAAAGUCUAUGAUUGCCAU